AUGUCCAAAGCUUUACCUCCCUCAGGCGCUUCUCCCAAAUCCCUCAGCUCCGUUAUCGAUGGGCUACCAGCAGGAGUUAACCAGGUCUCGCGGUCUCUUUCACAUAUUUUUCAUGUUACUAGGUUAGAUUGUAUCUCCCCUUCUCGACGAGGGAGUUUUUGGACACUCACUCAUAUUCGGUUCAUCUGCAGCGAUAACUGCCGUCCCAUUUGGCCUGGGCGCUCCUUUCGCCACGUCUUUGGUAGGCGGGGGGCCGGCGGUCAUUCUGUGGGGAUGGGUGUUGAUCUCAGUGCCUACUACUGGUGCUUCCGUCUUACAUCGCCUAAACACCGUUUACUCGCAUCCUGGAUCAACGGGUGGCUUACAAUGGUUGGCGUGUGGACCAUCUGCGUUUCGGUCACAUUCGGGACGGCGCAAAUUUUGAUCGCUGGAGUCGGUAUAUUUCAGCCCGAAUGGGUGGUAACACCUGCGCAAACCUAUGCUAUAUUUGUUGGCGUCACCCUCUUCGCCACCCUCGUCGGAGUUUUCUUCAAUAGAUUCCUGCCUACAAUCGAUAUAAUCUGUGCAUGCUGGACUGCUCUUGGGGUUAUCGGUUCGUCACUCAAGGGCCAUAUUCCCGUAAAUCCACUCACCCAGGCCCUCGACCUUCAGUCAUGCUUGUUUGCCUCUCUGCAAAAGCUGCAUCUGGUCGGCAUUCAGCCGCCUUUGCCCUUGGUCACUUCGACCCUUCCUUCUCGGGUUGGGCACCAGGAUGGUCUUUCUUCAUUGGUCUACUACCACCCGGUAAGCACCAACAAUCAUACCUGCGCCUUUGCUAGCAUGGCCGAGGAAGUGCACAACCCUUCAGUGCAAUUACCGCUUGCAUUAUCGUGGAUCGUCCCUAUUGGCUUCGUCAUCGGUCUCAUUUUCUUGCUCCCAAUUCUUUUUACCCUCCCUGACGUUGAGACGCUGCUGGCUGUCCCCGGAGGCCAGCCUCUGGGAGUUUUAUUUCAACUGGUCAUGGGAUCGAAGGGUGGUGGUUUCGGAAUGUGGUUCAUCCUCUUUGGCAUUAGCGUAUUCUGCGCCAUUUCCAUCAGUUGCGCCGCCUCGCGUGCAACGUGGAGUUUUGCUCGCGACAAAGCCAUCCCACUGCAUCAAGUAUGGUCUAAAGUCAACAAACCCCUGGGCGACGUGCCGCUGAACGCGUACAUGCUCUCGCUCACGAUCCAGCUUCUGCUGGGGCUGAUAUACCUAGGGUCCUCGGCGGCGUUUAAUGCCUUUGUUGGCGUAGCGGUCAUCUGCCUUGGAGCAAGUUACGCGAUGCCAGUGGCAAUCUCCGUGGCGAACGGAAGGCAGGACGUCGCAGAUGCACCAUUCAGUCUGGGUAGAUGGGGCUACGCACUCAACAUUUUCGCGAUCGUGUGGAUGGCAUUCGAGAUCGUGCUAUUCUCGAUGCCAGCGGUCAUCCCUGUUACUAGGGUUUCUAUGAACUAUGCUUCGGUCGUCUUUAUUGGGUUUGCUGCGAUCAGUGCAAUUUGGUAUCUGGUCAGUGGUAGGUACACUUAUCAAGGACCACCUGUUCCUCAGGAAAUGGAAGAGAAGGGUCAGAUGGUUGAGUAG